UUUGUCGGUCAGGCGGGGGCGGGACCGACGUCGACAGGUAGAGAUGGCGGGUAAACAACACAGGGACUGCAACAAUUUUGACUGGAGUUGUCCCAGAUUCUCAUGAUCCGUUCGUGCACUUCAAGAAGUGAUCCGGGGGAGCAGAAGUUUUAAACAUGUCCAUGCACUUGUACCAAAUGAGCACUAAGCUGCUUGGGGACACGGUGGGCAAAAUGAACGACAACUUAACUUCCUUGGUCCUGGCUGCUUCUGCGGUCAUGCUCACUUUUGGAUAUUUUUACAGCAAAAUACUUGUCAGACAGACUUCUGACAAGAAUGGGACUUAUCCGCCGUACAUCCCUUCCAGUGUCCCCUUCUUGGGACAUGCUGUUGCCUUUGGUAAAAGUCCCAUUGACUUUUUGGAAAACGCCUACGAAAAAUACGGACCGGUGUUCAGCUUCACCAUGGUGGGCAAAACCUUCACGUACCUCUUGGGAAGCGACGCUGCUUCACUGCUCUUCAACAGCAAGAACGAGGACCUGAACGCCGAAGACGUCUACUCCCGCCUCACCACGCCCGUCUUUGGCAAAGGAGUCGCCUACGACGUCCCCAACCCAAUCUUUCUGGAACAAAAGAAGAUGCUGAAGACGGGCCUGAACGUCGCUCGCUUUAGGGAACACGUCAAGAUCAUCGAGGCGGAGACUGUCGAGUAUUUUCAAAGAUGGGGAGACAGCGGCCAGAAAAACCUUUUUGAGGCGUUAUCCGAGCUCAUCAUUCUGACGGCCAGCAGCUGCCUACACGGCAAGGAGAUCCGCGGCCUGCUGGAUGAGCACGUGGCUCAGCUCUACGCCGACCUGGAUGGAGGCUUCAGUCACGCCGCCUGGCUGCUGCCCGGAUGGCUGCCACUGCCCAGCUUCAGGAAGCGGGACAAAGCUCACCGGGAGAUCAAGAACAUCUUCUACAAUGUUAUCCGGAAGCGAAGAAGCUCUGAGGAGAAACUGGACGAUAUCCUGCAGACGCUCAUGGAUGCUACCUACAAGGACGGCCGGCCGCUGUCAGACGACGAGAUCGCCGGCAUGCUGAUCGGCCUCCUGCUGGCCGGUCAGCACACGUCGUCGACCACCAGCGCCUGGUUGGGUUUCUUCUUGGCCAGGGACAAAGCCACACAAGAUCGCUGCUACGCCGAGCAGAGGGCCGUGUGCGGCGACCACCUGCCCCCCCUCCACCUGGAUCAGUUGAAGGACCUCAGCCUGUUGGAGCGUUGUUUGAAGGAGACUCUGCGGCUGCGGCCACCCAUCAUGACCAUGAUGAGGAUGGCUCGCUCUACACAGACCGCAUCAGGGUUUACCAUCCCCGCGGGCCACCAGGUGUGCGUGUCCCCGACUGUCAACCACCGACUGCAGGACACGUGGUGUGAGAGGACACGGUUUGACCCCGACCGCUACCUCCACGACAACCCUGCCGCCGGCGAGAAGUUUGCCUACGUGCCUUUUGGAGCCGGGAGACAUCGCUGCAUCGGGGAGAACUUUGCCUACGUGCAGAUCAAAACCAUCUGGUCCACAUUGCUGCGCCUGUACGACUUCGACCUGGUGGACGGAUACUUCCCCACCAUCAACUACACCACCAUGAUACACACGCCCCACAACCCCAUCAUUGCGUACAAAAGAAGGAAACACUGAAGACUGCCACGCAAACAGUUUCGUGUAAAACGGACCCGCUAAUUCAGCAUCGGUGCUGUGAUGAAUCACGCUGCCUUCAAUGAGCCUGGCAAGUUGAUUACAACAGGGAAAUGUGCAACUUGCAAGCUGGUUCUGUGAGAUCAUUUCUAGUUUUACUGAACGCAGCAUGAAAACUGCGAAUUUUACUGUUGGUUGCCGACGACGGUGAAGAAAAAUGCAUUUCAUUUGGUAAAAAUGUAACAACAAAAAAAGUCUUCCUACUUCUGUGAAAUGUAAAUAGAAAAUGAGGUUUGUGAAUGUUGACAGUACUACCCAAAAAGAAAACGAUAAAUAAAAAAAAUAAAUCAAA